AUGGAUCCGUGCUCAUCGUGCUCUACUCCUCGCCAGAGAGAAAUGCUCGCUUCCACCGCACUGGUUGGCGAUCCGGUAAACCGAACAGAUUGAAAAAGGAUUAAUAAUCCACAAAGCUCAUAUUUUCAGUUCGUACUAAUCAGUAGCGCUCAAAUUGCGGUGGGAAAAGAGGUGACUAUCGGAGAGGAAUCACAAACUGCGGCGGAGCAGAACUAUGAGAAGGUGCUCGAGCAGUUGAAGCCCAGAAUGACGAGUUGGACCGUCGAGGAGAUUAUUGAUGAGCAGAUAGAUGAGCUGAGCAGUCAGAAUGCGGAGCAGGAGCAUGAGCAGCUCAUGACUCCCUCCGAUCCUUUUGACUGUUUCACCAACUGCCAGUACUUUAACAGUAGAACAGUGAGUUCUGAACCACCAUUCCCAGUGUAACUCUAUUGAUAUUUAGGUCGAAAACUUUGUGGCAAAUGUCAAUCCAAUCGAUGAGGAUGAGGACAGCGUGUCUUCUGAAAUUAUAGAUGUGGAGUUUUUCGAUGUGGAAGAAGAGAAAAGGAUGUGGGAGGUGAGUACCGGGUCCAACAAUCAUAGUACUUAUCACUGCAUCUCAGGAGUUGAGAAAAAAUGCUGACAAUCAAAAUGGAGAGGAAAUGGAAGAUGAAGAAGAGGUGGAGGAUGAGCAGAUGGAAGGAUUUCAGAUCAAACGAAAGCAAGAGGAUCCUUUCGAAGAGCAGGAGGUCGAGGAAAAGAAGAGCAAAUGGGAAACGCCUCGAGAAUCGGUAACUUCCUCAUUCUCACCGUUAGCAAGGCCUUCACGAUUUCAGAGAGAAAUGACAGGCACCCGAACAACGGACAAAGUGGACACUGAGUACACCCAGAGCUUUUACUUCCGAAACGGUUUGAAUUGGGAGGACGCGCCGAGCAACUUGUUCGAGGCUCAAGCCAAGCAGAAUAUGGAGGAUCAGGUGUCGGCUCACGAAUUGCGGAAGGCGUUGGAGAAAGUGUUGGAGGACUCUUCCAAGGAGCCACAGGAGGAGCUAGGUUUCUCUGUUGAGCACACUUCGGAGCUGGAUACAGUGGAACAGCAUAGCAAUCAGAGCCAUCAGUCAGAUGAGACUCAGAUGUCGGUUCAACAUCUCAUUCUCCCAGUUUUCCGCCCAACACUCAGACUGGCUAUUCAAGAAACUGUGCCAUUACCGGUGUGGCACGAUAGCUCCACGGACAAAACGGAUGAAGACGACAACCGGUCGGUCAUCUGCCUAGAUCCAGAGAGUCCUAAAGUUCCGGAGCCUCCGAUCUUGAGCGGGCUGUUUCCACCUUUCCAGGAGGACCGCUCCCAACCGAAUGUGUUCUCCUUCCCAAUUGCACCUCCGAUUGCUCCAGUUCCUUUGUCGGCCAUCGGAAUUGCUGCUCCCUAUCUGCCAAAUCCAUACAUGCCACCGUUGACAUUCCUACCCGAUUAUAUGAACUGUAGGCGUGAAACUGGGAAUACCUUCAAUUUGCUUUCAAUUUGCAGACAACCCGGUCUUCCCUCCGUACAACAAUCCGUUCUGGAACCCGACAAUGUUUCCACAAUAUCAUCAAUCCCAGUGA